CGCAGGGUUUGUCGGGAUAUGUAGUGCGAUUUGAGUUUGUUUAGCGAUUUAAAAAGACAUAACGUCCUAUGUCAAGAGUUACGUUUAACACAAAACAACAUAAUACUUUUUUUUUUAAAAAUAAACGUGUGAAAUGUUAGUUCGUGGUUUUAGACAGAUCGUCGGAUUAGCGACAUUUUGAGAAUAGUUACGACUCAAUAUCCCAGAAUGCAACGCGUUGAUGUGAAGGUCAUGCAGCAGUCGUUCGUUCAUGUGCGUCGGCUUCUUUCUGCGGGACGUAGAAUCGGGUUUAAACCUUUAAUCUGUGACAUUCGUCGUGUGAAAAUCGUGCAAAACGUUCUUCGGUACAGAUACUAACUUUCUGUGUUAAAGAAUAAGAAGCGCUGUUGUGCAGAUUUGUAAGGUUUUUAAUCCGACAUGGCAGAGGAUGAAGAGUUCACAGACAUCAGAGGGAAGAACAUUCAGUUAUCCUGCCAGAAUUAUUCUCCUUUCUGCAGAGAGUUCACUGUCAGCUCCGCUAAACUGUCUCUCGUCAAGGUGAUGGUGUUCACCUGCAUCGUGUGGCUGAUCGCUUAUGCUGCCUUUUAUCUCACACAGAACACGGCGGUUCUGUCCUGCGCCAUCUUCGUGACUUUAACCGGAAUGCUGCUGCACGUUCACUUCGUUAAGGUGGAUCACGAGACGCUGCUGAUCGUCGGUUCGCUCGGAGUCCAGCUCUCCUCCACUUACGCCUCGGGCCGCGAGAGCACCAGCUUCAUCGAGAUGAGCAGGAUUAAAGACAUCGUCAUUAACGAGGCCGUCUACAUGCAAACCAUCAUCUAUUACCUUUGCAUUCUGCUGAAGGAUCCUGCCGAGUCUGAUGGAGUCAGCAGCGUCGUUCCUCUUUUCCAGAGCUCCAAGCCGAGGCUGAACUGCCUGGUGCGUGUGUACAGGAGCUGUCAGGAGAUCCUCGGAACGACGCCGAUGACGGACGAGCCGCAGACACCUACAACAAAAGAGUGAAAAUCCCCCGUCAGAGUCGCCACGUAAGCCGUGACGGAUCGCCAUAAAUCUGAACCGCCACGAUGCCGUAUUUACCGCAGUGCCGCUGAAUCCCGUGUUCUGAUUGGACGGACCGUGUCGAGUAGUUUAUUUUUUAAACAGCAGUUCAAACGUCACGAAGAUUCUCCGCACGGUUUUAUGUUAAAACGGUUACCAUAGCAACGGGGACUCGUACGGCCGACGCUCCACACGCACGGUUUAAAAAGCAAAGUUUUCAGUAAGCACGCGUUUGUUUAACGUUCACCGAAGAAGUCUCCACCGUCGGAGGGAGAGUUUUGUGUCCAUAAUCUUCUGACAUUUCAAGCUGCGAUCAUAGAGGAGUGCAAAAGUUUGUGCACCCUCACUUUACAUUUAACGUGUUUUUAUUUCCAUAGACAAAUAAACUUGAUAGUAAAAGAAUCCUAAACGUGUUUUAAGUUUCCUGAUGUUUAGUUUAGAUCUUUGUGUAUUCCGUCCGAUCCUCUUCGGCGUCUCGUUUAAACGCCCGUCUUCUUCACCUCUGUGGGACGUCAAAGUUUUUUCCACCUCCGUGUGUGUGUGUGUGUGUUUCAGUCUGUUUAUCUUCCUACUUAAAAGUGUUGUUUUCAAGGCAUUAAACACCUCAGUGGUGAUUACACAUAAUAAUAGAUCGACUCGAUCCCGUCGAACGGCACGCAAGUGUUUGAGCUUCGAUGAAAAAAAAAAAAAAACAAGUGCUGUAAUAUUUAGCCUACAAGAUUUUUAAUCAGAAAACUUUUAUAACUUAAAAAUCUGGUGUGGUUUGUUAGAUGCGUGGUGAUGAAGUAUUAUUUAAUAAAGCGAUUAAUUUAUUAGUUGUGUUUUUUAAAAUCUGGUUAGAAAUUAAAUUCAGCUCCACUGUGAUUUUUGUACUCUGGUGAAAGUUUGAGGGGAAACGUUACAGCUUAUAGAUCAUAAAGAUGUAUGUAAAAUGUAUUUUUCAACAACAAUGUCAUGUAUUUUCUAACUGAAAUAAAAUUUUAAAUAAA